GACCCUGCAACACCAUGUCGCAAAGCAUCUCGGGCUUCCAGGCUGCCUACAUCACCAUAGAGGUGCUGAUUGCCCUGAUCUCCAUACCUGGGAACAUCCUGGUGAUUUGGGCUGUUAAGGUGAACCAGGCCCUGCGAGACGCCACCUUCUGCUUUAUCGUUUCGCUGGCAGUCGCAGACGUUGCUGUGGGGGCCCUUGUCAUCCCACUCGCCAUCAUCAUCAACGUUGGGCCACAGAUCCAGUUCUACAGUUGCCUGAUGGUGGCGUGUCCUGUCCUCAUCCUCACCGAGAGUUCCAUCCUGGCACUGUUGGCCAUUGCGGUGGAUCGCUACCUCCGAGUGAAGAUCCCUAUGCGUUACAAGAGUGUUGUGACUCCCAGGCGUGCUGGGGUGGCUAUUGCUUGCUGCUGGCUGGUUUCCUUCCUGGUGGGGCUGACCCCUUUGUUUGGAUGGAACAACUUCAAUGAAAUGCAGCGAAAGGCUAAGGAGGCAAACAUGACAGAGUUCACAGUCAGUUGCCAGUUUGAGAAUGUUAUCAGCAUGGAAUACAUGGUCUACUUCAAUUUCUUUGUCUGGGUGUUACCGCCGUUGCUCCUCAUGCUUCUCAUCUACCUGGAGGUCUUCAAGAUCAUCCGCAGGCAGCUUAACAGAAAGGUUGCAUCCAGCACGACAGACCCUGAGAAAUAUUAUGGGAAGGAGCUGAAAAUUGCCAAGUCCCUGGCCUUGGUUCUCUUCCUGUUUGCUGUCAGCUGGCUGCCCCUGCACAUGCGCAACUGCAUCAGCUUUUUCUGUACCUCCUGCAAGACCCCAAGCGCCCUUACCUACAUUGCUAUAUUUCUUACACAUGGAAAUUCGGCCAUGAACCCCAUCGUUUACGCCUUCAGGAUUAGAAAAUUCAGGACCACAUUCCUGCGAAUCUGGAAUCAGUAUUUUUGCUGCAAAUUGGACAAGAACAUGAACGAUAUUGACAACACAGACAUUGCCAUCUAGGAAAUCAGCCAGGGUCGGGCUGGCCCGGAGCCUUCUAGUCACUCGGGGUGAUCUAUAAAGCAUCCCUUUCAUUCUCCAAAUGGCCAGAUUGGCCUUCUCUCCAUUGUACACGAUACCUGCUCUUGGACAGGGCAGGAGAGGCCCUGUGCCAGUCAAGGGUAUUAUUUAUUACUAGCACUACCCAUUGUAUCAUUUGGUAUUUUAGGAACUGUUCUUGCUCUCUCUCUCUCUUUGAUUUUUAAGGUGACAUAUAUUUACGUAUUUAAAGGAGAAUUAUACCAACAGAAAGCUGUGACAUUAUCUUUCAUUCCAAUAAAGAGGAAAUAUAGAUCUCUGUGGUUUUAUUGGUGGGGAUUUGCUUUUCUCCUAGGCAGUAAGUAGU